ACCAAGAACUAGUUCAUGUGUAAUAGACUAAUAGUAUAUUGAUUACUAUUCUAUGGCAUCAAAAUAACAUGCAAAUUCAAAUUCCAUGCCUUUCCGGCUCCUAUUGCCAAGUCCAUGAAACCCACCCUGAUAUUCUAAACAAAUCUUCCCAACAAACAUCCCCCUAAAAAAUUGAGGAUUUAGGAAAAUUGUUCUUCAUUUUUCUUUCUUUGUUGAAGCAGGGGUUAGAAAAUUUCAGAGUUAGGACCACAUUUUUUAUGUGCUUAUACUGCUUAAUACUAUAAUUCUAGUAAUUCUAACCACUUUUGCUACUGUAAAACCCUUGAGAAACCCAUAUAACUUCUGCAAUUCAUAUAGACAAAAGGAAUAAAGUAGGGUUUUUUUUGGAGGUUUUUCUUCCAUGGAUCGUCUUCGUGUUCGACCCAGAGAAAACAAAGUCUUUUCUGGUUUCACAGAUUCCGAAACUGAGAAGCUGGAAAGCUUGUUUACAGAAUAUGGAGAAUUGUCGGUUAAUCGGGAAUUUUGUGUAAAAGUUGCAAAGUCCAUUAGUCGCUCUGCUGGACGGGCUGGGAAACCCAUUGUCAAGUGGGCUGAGGUGCAAAGUUGGUUCCAUAAUCGACAGAAAUCAAGUCCAGCUAAAGCGAAUCCACCAUCUAUCAAUCAAACAGAAAUAACUCCUUCACCUAAUGUUUCUAAAAAUUUGCCUGCUCAUCCAGAUAUUUCUGACCUAAAGAAGGCUAAUGAAAGCAACCAGGUGCCUAAAGCAAGAGAAAAGUUACCAGAUUUAUCAGAGUUAGAGUUUGAGGCUAAGUCAUCAAGGGAUGGAGCGUGGUAUGAUGUUGAGAGAUUCCUCACCCACAGAUUUGUCAGCUCAGGUGAAGCUGAAGUUCGUGUGAGAUUUGUGGGGUUUGGGGCUGAAGAAGAUGAGUGGGUUAAUGUGAAAAAUGACGUGCGAGAGCGUUCUAUCCCGCUAGAGAACUGGGAAUGCCACAAAGUCAAGGCUGGGGAUGUCAUGCUCUGCCUUCAGGAAAGAAAAGAUCAGGCUAUAUAUUAUGAUGCACGUAUAAUGGAUGUUCAACGAAAAAUGCAUGAUAUAAGGGGUUGCAGGUGCAUCUUUGUGAUCGAGUAUGACCAUGAUAAGAGUGAGGAAAAGGUUCGUUUGAGGAGAUUAUGUCGCAUGGCAUAACAACUAAGAAGAAAGACGGAAAUGACGUCUGCAGUUAUCAGAAAGUCUCAACCCUUGCUUAGGUAUGCAUCAUAAGAUAGCUUAUCAGGUAAAGAAUGAUAAUAGGGAAUAUGGUUAUUGAAUGCCAUCAAACAGUAAAUGAAGUCAGUAGAGUAGUAGAGACUUAUUAUUGAUCAUGGCAAAUUUUGUUGGAAAUUUUUUGUAAUCAUUAAUCAUCGUUGUUAUUAGGUUUCCUCCUGUGUGUGCUAGUGAGGGAACAGUGAACAGCUUUUGUUAAGUUGCAGUGUGUAUCUUUACGUGACCACAUAUUGAUAUUCCUUUGAUCGAGCCCACAAACUUCAAUUACCAUUUUUGAUUGCUGAGGCAACUUAUAUUCC